ACAAGAUAAAGCUGAACCUAUUAUCUUCAUUAUGGCGUAUACACAAUUAUUCGCGAUGUAGUUGGUUGUAAUUUAAACGAAACGUCUACGCAGUUGCACACCUACGUGCGAUUUCACACGGAUAAAUCGGGACGUCAUGCGAUGCGAUUAUCCUUGAUGAUGAUAUUGCACGUAGGUGCACAGUGCUGUAAUGGGGCAUCGCGAGUAGUCGUGAUUCUUAGAAAUUCAAUGUUUACCGUACUUUGUAAAUUUACAUGAGAAUCGGCCCUGCGCCUGGACGCUUUGUCAAAUAAGUAGAAUCUGUAGUAGGUACCUACCUCUAUUGCUUUGAAAUACGAAAACAGUUUCUCGUCGUUGAAACUCCCUGGGUUAUCGACUUGAAAGCCUCGCCGGCAAUAAAAUCCCGACGAACUGUAAACAGAUCCAAUGAGAAUUCGCGAGCAAUUUUUCGGCAAGUUCGUAUUUCGCUAGAUGGAGAAUGCACUCACUGGGUGUCGGAGAUAAGUUUCGUUGAAUUAUAUCAGAGAAAUGAACUCGGUUGGAAUUGUGAUUGUGAUAAAUGUUAUUCGACCUGAUAAAUAUUAAUGUAAUACGUUGCAUCAUCGAUAAGAAAUAAUUACGUGUGUUACUAUAAAUUACUUAUCUCUGAUCUGACGAACGUGGAAUGCAAAGAAAUUGAUCCCGUGUCACGUGCAACUUUUAAUUUGCAAUUAAACAAAUGCUUAGAAAUACAUAGAUUCCAUUAAUUUUUGGUGAAAAAUUAUUUAAAUUCGUACUAUUAAUAUACAACAGCCAUGUAUAUAUAUUAAAAAAAGAAAUUUAUGACGUACAAUUCCAUUCGAGUAAUAUAAAUAUAAAAUUCACUCGAGAGCCAUCGAGAAAUCACAUUUGCAAUUACAAUACCUCUCGUAUACCCGUUUUUAAUUAGCAAGUCAAUGGCUUCCGAAGCAUAACGACAUUUUCAAGGUUUUAAACUACUGGAGGCUACUGAUUAUGGCUAUGGAUACGAGUACAGUACGCCUAGUCAUUUUCCUGGGAAUGUUUUUAGUCUUCGCUGGCGAUUACGGCGCCGUGAUUUCGUCCAUUUUUGGAAAUGGCCUCGAGAAGAAUUCAACUGUUAAUACAAAAGGGCCUGAAGGCCCACCCAAAGAGGGACUGCAUGUAGAAAGGAUGUCCAUUUCAUUGGCGAAUAAUGAAGCCGAGGAAGAGAACGGUAAUUCUCGCAGAGCCAAGUUGAUGUCCACCAUCAAGACUGCCUGUUUGCCAAAAUUAAUUUGCGAGCUAACCUCGACUGCUAAUCAGGAUCAGCUGAGCGAUAUGGAACGAUCACUUCUCAAUCUGAUCAGAGACACCAGUCUGAGCACUACGGCGGAAGUUGCAUCGAGAUAUCAUUUCGCCGCGCACAUGGGACAACUCAUUUCCGGUCUUGAGGGUCAGGGAUGCCACAACUUUUAUCCUACUUGCCCACUGCCAGGAUCCAGCGUUCUCAACAUGAUGAAGAAAAUUCGAUUACGUUGAAUAUGAUCUUUCGUUAUGUUUUUUGAUGAAUUCUGUGAUAUAUCGCAAUUACGUAAACAUUUAUACUAUUAUCUGAACGAGCUCUUUUCGAGGAUCCGGUAAUUAGGAUUCAUAUUCAUCUAAUUAGGAGCUUUGUUUUUUUAAUGAAACACUCGACAAGCGGUUAUCACUAGCGACUUUGCUCAGCUUGUUUACCUGUGUAUUAUUAAUUAAGAUAUUUGGUAUGUUUGGAAAUGUUAUUUAACGUUGCUAAAUAUGUAAAGGUACUUUUAAGUGACGUGUGCUUUUUCUUAUUGCAACAAAAUUAGGGACUUUUUUAAGCAACGCCUGCAUCGUUGCAUUUGAAUCCUAAGGAUUCACGUAAUGUGAAAAUAUAAGUUAUGUAUAUUGUUAAUAUUUAGUCCUUUUAACAAUUCUUAGUGCUGCUCUCGUAGAUCUGUUUAUUAAAUAUAGAUUGUGAAAUUAAUGACUAUGUAAUAAGUUAAGGAGAAUUCUCGUAGGAAUACUGAUGUAGUAUUACCUACCUGUGACGUAUUUAAUGUACGAUAUGUGCAUAGUCCGUUAACAUUAAAACUCAUAGAAUUAUUUGUAAGAGGAAUAAGUGAGAAUUGAGGUUAUCAAAAGAAAUUCGGUAAAAAUUUAAGUAACUAUUUCGCACUAAAAACUCUCGUACUACGAAUAUGGAAUCUCAUAACUUCACGUAUAUAAGAUUCUAUUCGAAUAAUUAAUCGUGGAACUAGUCUGACUCAAGAAUGAUAAGAUACAAAUACUUUUAUUUUGAUUACCACGAUUGUUAACAAUUUCUUAACAAAGUGCCUAACGAUUGUACAGAAAAUGAAUGAAACAUUUUAUAUAAAUAAAAGUAACGAUAUCGAUUGAGAAUAA